GCCUCGUAAGGGCGUGUCGUGUGCACCAAACUUGGGGCUGACGUUGUUAACAGAGGAGCGUGAUGGAUAUCAGUGCGGGGGUUCAAGAGUGUUCCCGUACUUCUUUCGCCACGGUACAUUAAGAACCCGCUACACCGGCAGUAGUAGUAGUAGUACACUUACCGGAUCCUUGCGUCUACCGUUCAUGUGUACUUACAUGCAUACUUGCGUGCAUUUAGUGUGCAGUGCAAUCUGACGCUGUGAGUGUCGUAGCUGUAAUAUAAUACGUGAAUACUGUUGACAGACUGGAUAGGCUUAAAGAAACGCGUGAUGCGGAAAAAAAAUAAUUCAAAAUCUAUGCGAAAUUAAAACGAUCUCACUUCUGAUUAUUGUGGCUUAAUAACCGAAGGUGGACAUUCUGGCCACCAACGUGUGGUUAUUCUGACUAACAAAGUGUGGUUAUUCUGGCCACCAAAGUGUGGUUAUUCUGGCCACCAAAGUGUGGUUAUUCUGGCCACCAAAGUGUGGUUAUUCUGGCCACCAAAGUGUGGUUAUUCUGGCCACCAAAGUGUGGUUAUUCUGGCCACCAAAACGUGUUUAUUCUGGCCACCAACGUGUGGUUAUUCUGGCCACCAAAACGUGUUUAUUCUGGCCACCAACGUGUGGUUAUUCUGGCCAACAAGCUUUGGUUAUUCUAGCCACCAAAGUGAGGUUAUUCUGGCCACCAAAGUGUGGUUAUUCUGGCCACCAAAGUGUGGUUAUUCUGGCCACCAAAGUGUAUUUAUUCUGGCCACCAACGUGUAGUUAUUCUGGCUAACAAAGUGUGGUUAUUCUGGCCACCAAAGUGUGGUUAUUCUGGCCACCAAAGUGUGUUUAUUCUGCCCAGCAACGUGUGGUUAUUCUGGCCAACAAACUUUGGUUAUUCUAGCCACCAAAGUGAGGUUAUUCUGGCCACCGGAGUGUGGUUAUUCUGGCCACCGAAGUGUGGUUAUUCUGGCCACCGAAGUGUGGUUAUUCUGGCCACCAAAGUGUGGUUAUUCUGGCCACCAAAGUGUGGUUAUUCUUAUGCGGUUACGAAUUUUUUAGCAAGUGAAAUAAUAAUUGCGGAUUGUACAAUAUUUUUUUUUUUCUUGAAAUGGAAUAGGAAUCUCUAAAAUUAAAUUAUUUUUUCGACACCAACCAUCAAACGGAUCUAAAAUAGAUUUCCGUUCCAUUCUCCGAUGACGAUGACACGUUCCCGCGUGGUUUCAUUGGAAUAAGUCUGCGAUUUAUUUCUAAAUCUCAUUAUUUAGAAGAAAAUGCAGUAGUAGUUGUCCUCAAAUGUGAACUCAUUUUCGUUGACAAAAUUUUACCGUGUGGAAGAUUUCUCCGCCAUAGAUCUGGGUGUUUUGUUUGUUUGUUUGUUUAUUUUUUUAUUUUUUAAUUGUGGCCGUUUUUAAUUACUUUUUUUAUUUCUUUUUUUUUCGGUAAAAAAAAGAGUGGGGGGGGGGGUGGGGGGGGUUUAAUUUCACAAAUUAGAAAAACAACNAAAUCAUGUUCACAAAAAAGAAAACAAAAAAAAAAAAAAAAAAAAAAUCUCACCAGACUCAAUGAUAUAAGCUCUAUAAAAUUUUAAUGUUUUUUGAAAUUGUAAAACUACCCAUAGAAACAUGAGGUAAACCAGUUGUUGAUUAAUAUGGCUCUGCACGUCCUCUUCUCUAGAUAAGGCUACCGACUGCUGAAGGCUUACGACCGUUCCACGGGUCUACGACGUUACAGGACACGUUUGUUCAGACUGUCCAAGGAGGUGUCUAACAAUGAAGUUGAGAUCCGUUGCCGCGUGUCUUGUGGUGCUCGGCGUUCUGAUCGCAGUGGCCGGCGGUCAAGGCAAGGAAAACAGAGCAAAGAAACCAGUCGGGGCGAGGAAGAAGUUGCGGGAGAACGGUAAGUGUCAAUUGUAAGGGUUUAAGGAAGCGGCGCGGGAUUCUAGUCUUUUUGAGCAGACGGUACGGCACGGGAUUAUAGUCUUUUUAAGCGAACGGUAAGGGAUUCUUGUCUUUUUAAUCAAACGGUACGGGAUUCUAGUCUUUUUAAGCAAACGGCACGGAAUUCUAGUCUUUUUAAUCAAACGGUACGGGAUUCUCGUCUUUUUAAUCAAACGGUACGGGAUUAUAGUCAUUUUAAAAGCAAACGAUAUGAAAUUCUUGGCUUUCUAAGGAAACGAUACGGAAUUCUAAUAUUUUUUCAGCAAACAAUAUGAUUAGAGAUGUUCGCCAGCUCCCGACCAAAAAAACAAAAAAACAACAACAACAAACUAACAUACAAACAAACCAUUCGACACAAUACUUAUUUAUCAACAAGCGAUUGAGAAAUUUUGGAUGUGACGAAUUAAUCAACUAACUGACCAACAAACAGAGGUCUAUUGGACACAUGAUGAACAGAAAAGAAGAAAGGAAGAGGGGGGGGGGUGCUGCAAAAUUCGUGUGCCACUCCGGGCACACUAGACCCCAGUUACACCACUGGGUCAAUGGAACAAACAUAUUUAAAAACAUUCGCCAAAUAAAAAAAGAAAAAAAAUAGAUGAUGUAUUCCAACAAAGAUGUUGUAUUUUAUCAAAGAUGUAGUAUUCCAUGAAAGAUGUAGUAUUCCAUGAAAGAUGUAGUAUUCCAUCAAAAAUGUAGUAUUCUAUAUAAGAUGUAGUAUUCCAUGAAAAAUGUAGCAUUCAACGAAAGAUGUAGCAUUCCAUCAAAGGUAUAAAAGGGCACGUCUUUCUCAAUGAAUAAAUAAAUAUUACAGGCAUAGUCGCGUCUAAUUUUUUUUACACCUAUCAACGUAAUGACCAUUGCUACACAUGCGCUUAGAGUACGCUUUAGCGCAGAGGAAUGGCGAAAGGGCGGCAAAGAAUCCAACGGUGCAAUUUCCAGAUGGCGCGGCUGCCUAGGCGCCCGUCUUAGACAGAGAACCCUGAUCACAAGGGAUAUUUAGAUUUUGAACAACCGGUUCACCGAACUUAAACAGGCAAAUUAGGUACCGGCUCUGCUGAAUCCCACCACUGAUCCCACUAACACAAUGACAUCGUGUGUUCCAGUAGAUGUAGAUCUCAACAAAAAACAUGUUUUUUUUUAAAAACAUGUUUGAGCCACAGAGGAACUCGUGUGAAAUUCAUGGCAUAUUCCAAAAUUAUGUCCCUUUCAGUUUCUUAUUUUAUAAAUCAUUUUUCUACAGCUCGAAGUUUCCCUCGCAAUGAAAACUGAACAAAAUGUCAAGGUGGCAUUGAACCCAGGUUAUCCAACCCUGGGGUGCUUCUCAGCCCAAGGGAAGCAAGGUGGCGCUUCAGGGUCGUGAGGGAAUGUGAUUAUAAGAUCAGAGGAACCAUUGGCGAUUGGGUUAUGAUAUAAAUAUUUACACAGCACUUAUUAUAUCAACUUAAAAUGUUUAUUUAUUCAAGUCCACCGCUUUUCUUCUAAUUUAAUUUUUGUCCUUAAAUUGAAAUCCAUUUUUUUUUCAAACUUUUAAAUGCAGUGUUAGUUUCGUAUUGUAAAGGGGUGCAACACACAUGCAAACAUUUUUUAAAGCAGCGGUCCUCAAACGGAGUUCAGCUCGGCACCAGGCCACGCAACAACAUAUUACCGGGUUACCAAAGAGGAAAUCCUAGGUGUUUCAGUUAAGGGUUCUUUUUUUUCUCAAGUCCCCGCGGGCACUACGACAUUGACGCAAUGAAAAUUCCGACAACUCCUGCGACGAGGAACCCAUAAGAGCAAAAAAAAACAAAACAAAAAAAAUCACGCGAGAUGCACUGCUGACAUCCAGUGCAUCCCGGACUUUUUCCAGUCGUACUGAUCUUAAUCAGAAGCAUCUCGCCCUUUGGAAGAAUCAGGCAAGGACGAGAGAGCGAGGCUGACGAACUGAGCAACUCCUCCUUUCUUUAAACAAAAAACACAGCGCGAGUCAAGGCUACUAAUUGAGUUGAAGCCUUCGUCAUACUCGCACGCGAAGGAUAAACUACACAAAAGUAAAUCCAGUUGCCUUAAGAGUCGAUCGAGAUCUUGUUAAGACAUGUCACGGGUUUCUCUUUUUUUUCCUAUUGGUCAUUAAUUAUGGCCCCUGGUCGCAAAACAAAAAAAUCCGUAAGCAUUAAGUCUCUUUUUUUUUUGUACCCCCAGUUCCCCGCAAGGCGAACAGACCGCAGAACGCAAGACCCAACGCCGUCAACAAAAAGCCCAAUGGAAAGAAAGUCCAGACAGCCGAGGCACAGGGCAACGGUGGCGACUGUGAGGAGAUCUUCUUGCCCAUGUGCAAGGGCUUGGUGCCCUACACGCACACCAAGUUGCCGAACCAGUUCAACCACACAACUCAGGCGAGUUAUGCUUUGUGUAUGGAGUUUGGGAGGACAAACACAGUUGUAGUGAGAAUUGAAGACUUAUAACAUCCGUAAACACAAAAUUAGGAUAAAUAAGAGGUUCUUGACCCAUCGCUCAUGGUCCCUUUGGAAGUGGGGGUGGAUGUGGUCUGUGAAAUUCUGUUAGAGGUCGAUUUAAUUGCAUUUACUUCGAUAUUUAUUCUCUGCAUUUAAAAGCUUUUUUUGUAAAAAAAAAAAAAGGAACCGUUGCCUUCAACCUUCAUGUGGCCCAUGCAGUGGCGUACGAAAGGGGGGAAGGGGGGCGAGGGUUGGACAGCAUUAGGCGGCACUUUUUUCUUUAUAAGGAGGGGCAGCAAUUACAAUUACAUGACAUCCACUUUUUGUGAGACAUUUUUUUGUUUUUAUGGAAGUGGGGUAGUAAAAUUCUCGACACGCUCCGGGCGGCACUAACCCAAGCAACGCCACUGGGUCAAUGGCACAAACAAAAUAAGAACCACUGCGUUAGAUAUACUCUGCCAAACAAAUAAGUUUGAAAAUAGUUUUUUUGGUACAAAAUAAUUGUAGGAAAGUACUAUACAUAAAGUUCUUCCUUGCUAUUAAUGAAAUUUAUUAAAUAAAAAUGAGAUUCAAGAAAUAGAGAACUCAAUUAAAUAUGUUCCUUUAAUUGAGGUCUUAAGCUGACAAAAAAAAGAAAGUUUUUCAAUCGGUAAAUCUAUUCUUAACAAAGUCUUUUGAAAGUCUAUUUAUAAAUCUAAUGUUAAAGCUUGAAAGAUGCACAAAUCUUCAUUCAUCAAGCCUGCGGGAAGCUACACUGAGAGGUUCCAUGCACUGACUUAAGAAGGGUAUUUUAGAGAGAUUUUUCCGUCCACGUGGCACAAACCCUCGCUAUGCCACUUUGUUCUUUGUUUAAGGGCGUCACGAAGAAAUCAGACUUGUUUUUUUUUCCUUCUUCAUCACAGCUCGAGGUCUACAAACACAUCGAGCACACGUGGGCGUACAUGGACCACUCCUGCUCAAACAAUAUGCGGCUCACCAUCUGCGCCCUGUACCUGCCCAAGUGCCAGGGCAAGCAGGCGGGAAUAGGGCCGUGCAAGACCACAUGCUUGCGCGCCAAGAAAAACUGCGGCCAGCAGCUGAAAGAAAUCUUCGCCCUGAACUGGCAGGAGAAAUUCGAAUGUGCGGUAGGCAGAAUUUGGGUUACUUAGGGGGGUUGGGGGGGGGCAGUUUGACGUCCAGACGGCCACUGGAAAGAGGCGUACAUGAAAAGUAGUUGAGUUUUUAAAAUAAAAUUUAAAAAAUCAAGGCAUUAGUAAGAUAAAUAAUGUGGAUGCUUUGCAGCAUAUGGACAGUUUGAAUACGUAUGGAAACACAACCACACAUUUUAUAGCUUCAAGUGGUAAAAAAAAAAAAAAAAAAAUUAAAGAAAUGCCGGUAUUUGAUGAUGUAAAGGACGUGAGUGGUGCCUCAGCGUGUUCGUAUCCGGAAUUUUGAUCGAAACAAAUGUCGACGGUAAAUUGACCGACGGCAUAUUUAUCGCACGGAAAGUUGGCGAAAAAUUAUUUUUUGUGUGCAGUUUUUACAUUCGAAUGUUGCUUUAAAUUUCUUUUUGAACGCAUUUUUUUAUUUUACUGUACAGUAAGGUGCGUUAAAAGGGAAUCUGACGACAAUUUUAUCGUGUGAACUGAGAAAAAGAUUCGACCCAUUUCCGUUCGAUCACAUGACAGUCGACGAAAUUUCUUUCGAUCAAAUUCCCGGUAACCGAGGGGUGCUCAGUUAAUUAGAUUUAGUAUAUUAUGUUGCCAGUGAAGGCAUCCAUGGCAUGGGGGGAAAUAACUGAACAUUAUCCAUAAUAAUGACAUAUUUUGAGUUAAUGCCCUUGAAUUUUUUUUUUUACUAAAAAGGCAAUUGUAUCAAACAGGUUGACACUCCAGUUUUAAAAACACAGUAACAUCCUCAUUCAUCAAACAGAGAACAAAAUAAACUCCUAAUCUGUUUGAACGUUUUGUUUUUCUUUUACACCCCACCACAUAACUUGCUCCAUGAUGUCCUUUAAAGAAAAUGUAAGGGCAGGUAAUGCCAAUCUCGAUUAAAGUUUGAGACUGUUUUGAACGGCGUAUCACUAAUUUGGGUCCCACCCAUCCAAUCGCCAGCCGUUGCCGAACAAGAGAUGUGUAAAGCCCGUCAAGGACGAGCCCUGCUCACAAGAGUACCCCUCCUGCGAGUCCAACAGCGUCAUCACAACGUGUGCCAACCUGACGUUCACCUGGGGCACCUUGCCGAACAUGUUUGGCCAGUGUCGGGCUAAGGUAAGCGGAAAGCCAUUCACAGACCGGUCUUUGCUGUCGUGUGGUCAAAUCUUACCUGUGCAUCUAACUGAACAUUUUAGAACAAUUCCGAAGAUACCUUUAUCCCGCCCAACAUUCUGAUACUUGUGGCCUAACCCCCCCCCCCCCCCACAGCUCGCAUAACCCCCCCCAACAAUAAAAUUGACAUUUGGCAGAUACCUUUAGCUCGUCCAGCGAUUUGAUAAUCCCCCCCCCCCUUUCCGACAAAAAUUGACAUUUGCAGAUACCUUUUAAUCUCGUUUUGUGUUCACCACUCACCCACCCGACAAAAGUAUCCUAUAAUAAACAUAAGAGUGUUCACUAUUUACGACUAGAAUACAAUACCAAUGUGUUUUCAACUAAACUUAACCCACAAGACACAGUAAAUCCAGAACUUCGUAUUUCAGGAUAUCAACAUAGAAGUCAGCCAUUUCGAUGCGCUGGUCGCCACCAACUGUCACCUCAACUUGAAGUUUUUCUUAUGUGGCGUCUACUCGCCUUUCUGUGUCAGGGCCGAGACCCCGUUCAUGUUCCCGUGCAAGGAGAUAUGCAACGAGGUAAUUAUGGCGUCAGGGAUUGGCCGGGUGAGGAGGAGAAGUUGUCAGGGUGAGAGAUUGUCAGGGUGAGAAGUUGUCAGGGUGAGAAGUUGUCAGGGUGAGAAGUUGUCAGAGUGAGAAGUUGUCAGGGCAAGAAGUUUUCAGGGCUAGAGGUUGUCGGGAUGAGAGAUUUUCAGGGUGAGAAAAGUGUCAGAGUUAGAGAUUGUCGGAGUCAGAGAUUGUCAUGGCAAGGUAUUGUCAGGGUGAGAAGGUGUCAGAGCUAGAGAUUGUCGAGGUGAAAGAUUGUCAGGGCGAGGAGGUGUCCGACUUAAGAGAUUUUCAGGGUGAAUGAUUGUUAGGAGGAGGGAUUGUCAGGGGAGGGAUUGUCGGGGCGAGAGAUUGUCAGGGCGAGAGAUUGUCAGGGCGAGUCGUUGUCAAGGCGAGCGAUUGUCAGGGUGAGAAGUUGUCAGGGUUAGAGAUUGUCGGGGAGAGUGAUUAUAGAGCGUAAGAUUGUCAGGGGGAGCAGUGGUCGGAGUGAGAAGUUGUGAUGUUUAGAGAUUGUCCCCAAUUCUGAACUGAAUCUCUGGUCUUCUAGAUCCGCCAAGCCUGCGAGCCUCACUACCGUCGCAUCUACCACCGACUCCCCUGGCCCAACAAACUCCAGUGCCACCGCUACCCGUCGUCAGAGGACCCAGAUGUGAAAUGUGUCAUGCCAAACGAGGGUUCUACAUUCUUUGGGGGUUGACCCCCCUGGGUUCACAAAUAGCCCAGUCUUUUGUCAUCUGUAACUGUAUCUUAACAGUAGUUCCAUGUGUUCGUGUUUAUUUCAUGCUCAUGAACGUAUUUGUACUUAUCUUGUAAGGGGAUCGCUUGCUGACAUACGGAGAAAGUUUCCUGUUAAAAACAUAUAUUAAUCCAAUAUGCUUGUGACAUAAAUUUAACAACAAUUACUUAACUUUAACCUCUCUAAAAUAGAUUUAACCAAGAAUGACAUAACUUUAACCAGUAAAUAGUGUAACGAGAUAUGUUUAGGCUUGGAGAAAAAAAAAAGCUAUGCCAAUUAAACGGAAGUUUCGGCUAAAUGGCUCCUUCAGCAGACAAAAUACUAAUAAACAACGGAUCAAUUUGCAUUAAAAAUCAAACUUAUGCUUUUUAAAGAUCUCAAUAAAGUCAAUGUUCAUAACAGAAAGUCAAAUUAGCAUAACAUUCAGAAAAGAAAGUAAAUUUAGCUUAAUAUUUGAGACAUUUCAGCUCAAAUUUCAGAACAGAACGUUAAUUUAGUUCAAAGCUCAGAAGAGAAAGUUAAUUUAUUUCCAAUUUCAGAACACAAUUUCAACCAAUGCGACUGUUUUCAAUGUCAUUUCUCCCGGACUGUAACGCGUGUUUAAAUGGUCAAAACUUGUGUAGUUACCAAUUGCGGCAGAAUUAUGUUUCAGAGUCAGGCGAAAAAGUUGUAACUUUCUGAUCAGUGCAGUUCUUAAUGUUGUCAAGGGUAGGGGCGUCUACACAUUGGGGUGGGGGGGGGGAGCAUUUGCUUACCAUCUAUACCACUCUUCUUCUUUUUUUUAUAUUUGAGGUUCCCACGUUCAAUUUGUUGAUCAUUCUGGCUCCUGGUUUCAAGCCAGAGUUUUGCCUUCUCUUAGAUGGGUUGCCGUCCAAGGCUAACGAGUCCCAUCCACGCGCAUGAACGAAACGAGACGUGAUUUGACAGCACAACAGCUAUACUGACAGAACAGACACGAUUCUGACAGCACAGCCACGAUACUGACAGCACAGCCACGAUACUGACAGCACAGCCACGAUACUGACAGCACAGCCACGAUUCUGACAGCACAGCCACGAUACUGACAGCACAGCCACGAUACUGACAGCACAACAACUAUACUGACAGCACAGCCACGAUAAGGACAGAGAGAUUGUCCUAAUUGUUUUAGGAAUGAAAAUCAAACUAAAUAUUUUAGGUCUACUAAAAUUCAUUAAAAAAAAAAUAGUCACUGUAUUUUAUUUGCUGAAAAAUUAGUGGCGCUCGCAACCAGUGAAAUGUCCUUUUCAAUAUCAGGCACAGAAACAUAGCAAAUACCCUCUACAUAAAUAGGAGCCAGAAUAACAAUGCAUUGAUCGUGUGCCCUUAUGAUAUAGAAGAAGAAGAAUGAUUUAGCUUUUAGCAAAAUGUUAAUAGUUUGUCUCUAAUAUUAUUAUUAAUGAAUAAUCAACAAUGAUCUAACAAUUUUUUUAACUAGCAAUUUUUUAAAAUAUUUUUUACAUUAUCUUUAAACAUUUUGUAUAAUAAUAAAAUAUAAUAAUAGUAUUCAUAGCGAGCGCACGAAUGACACACCAGUGACCAGUGGGCAAUACUAGCUUUGACCUGCAUGACCCAUGACCCACACACACAGAAUUGACCAAGGUCCAGGGGUGGGGGGAGGGGUUGGCUUCCACCACUAAGGGUGGGGGUAGGGGUGGGGGGGACAGGCGUGCCUGGAGACGGGUCACUUGCAGAUACAAAACGAUCUUUUCAGCCUCUCAUGACCUGAAAUAAGAAUGGCCCCGAUUCCCAAACACUGCCCCCAAAAAACCUGGUGUCCCGUGCAUAUAACUAUUUAUCAUGAUUGUUUAACGCAAUCGACAUCUUAACUCGUGCAUGCUGCUCUUUGACUCAUAGUCAAACUCAUUAUGUUCCUCCCUGUGGCGUAGCUAGGCUUAGUGCCACCCGGGGUGGCCGAAAAUGUUUUUUGCAGUAACGAAAAAACUCUGCAAUUUACCCAAAAUGACUCCCUUCAUACUUGGAAAAGAAAGUGCCGCUAGGGGCAGACCACCCAACCACCUCCACGCACCACCUUCCUACGCCACUGUGUUCACUCAUCAAUAAAUGAUUGCUAGAAUGUAUAUGAAAGAAUAAAACCGAUUCAAUCAACAA